AUGGCAAAACUCUCAGUGUGUGAAGACGUCCUACUGUGCGGCCAGCGUAUCGUAAUUCCCAUGUCUCUGCGAGAAGAAAUUCUGGGUCGCAUACACGAGGGACACCAAGGAAUUGUUAGAUGCAGACAGAAAGCGAAGGAGUCUAUCUGGUGGCCGGGUAUCAGCAAGGAGCUGGCGGACCUUGUUAGAGCCUGUUCCGUCUGCGAGGAGUACAGACUUCAGCCGUCAGAACCCAUGAUCCCAACGGAGACACCUCCCCUCCCAUGGGAAAAGGUCGGAGUGGAUCUAUUUCACCUAGGGGGAAUCGAAUACGUCCUGGCAGUGGACUAUCGGUCCAGAUACCCAGAAGUGCUACCUCUGUCGAAUGAUUGGUCUUCACGAGCUGUCAUUUUACGCUUAAAAAGCAUCUUCGCGAGGCACGGCAUUCCCCGAGAAGUGGUAACGGACAGCGGUCCUCAGUUUGCAAGUGAAGAAUUCAGGAACUUUGGACGAUAUUAUGGAUUUAAGCACACCACAUCUAGUCCCUAUUUCCCACAAUUUAAUGCACAAGCGGAAAGAACUGUCAGGACUGUCAAACGCCUCAUUCAAAUGUCCGAGGACCCCUAUCUCGCGUUGCUCAAUUACAGGAAUACACCCGGACCUUCUGGGGAAAGCCCAACACAGCUUCUGAUGGGACGACGCUUGAGGAGCAGGGUACCACUUCUUCCUGAACAGCUGAAGCCUGAUUCUCAGCACUAUGGGUGGAAAGACCGAGACACCUACGAAAAGAAGAAACAGAAGACGAACUUUGGCCGGAGACAUCGCGCUCAUACUUUGCCGCCUCUUCAGAAGGGGGAAUCCGUCUGGCUACCACAGCUGAAAAUACAAGGAACUGUCGUGGAUAUCGAUCGCGCUCCGCGGUCCUAUUGGGUGCAGACUAACAAGGGUCUGCUACGUCGAAACCGCAGAUAUCUGAUACGCAGGGCUAACGCCCCUUCAGGAGAGGGGCUCUCACAACAAGAUUCUAUGCUGGACAUUGAGGUUCCCGAAACACCGAUUCCUGUGGGGACUGCCAGAGAAGACUUGGAAGGUGAGGUCGACCAACGGUCCAAAGAUGAUCCUGGCCCGAGGGUAGAUGCCCAGGCUUACGGACAACGGUCCCUGACAACAUCUCGAUAUGGAAGGGUAUCCAAGCCUCCGAACAGAUAUGGUUACCCAGUAUAG